AUGACGUGCUUGGCUUGGAAUGAUCUAGAUCUGGCAUUAAGGGAGGAUAAGCCUGCUGUUGCUGCAGGACAGACUUCAGCUGCUCUGGAAAAGUGGCCAAGAUCAGACUGCAUGGCACUUGUGGUCAUGUCUCAGACCAUCAGUGCUGGCAUUAAGGGCGCCAUCCCCACCAAGGAUGCGCAGGGAGAAGAUCUGAGUGCUAAGGCCUUUCUGACAAAGAUUGAGGAGAACUUCAAGAGCUUAUCCAAGACUUAUGCAAACACUCUCAUCAUGAAGUUAGUGGCCUCUCAGUAUGAUGGGAAGACUGGUAUCAGGCAGCACAUUCUCAACAUGUGUGAUAUGGCCAACAAGUUUAAGGAGAUGCAGAUGGAGAUCUCUGAAGGUUUUCUUGCGCACUUCAUCAUGACAUCAUUGCCUUCACAGUAUGCUGCGUUUAAGAUCAAUUACAACACCAACAAGACUAUCUGGUCUAUCAGUGAGUUGAUCAACUACUAUGUUGAAGAAGAAGAAAGGCUUAAGACUGAGAAGAUGAAGGAUGUUGUCAACUUGGUCGGCAACCUCAGCAUUUCAGGCACUCCUAAGAAUCAGCAUGAGUCAGGUAUUCAGUACGAUCCGAACUAUAAGAAGGGGGGAGCGAAGCCUAAGAGUGGCUGA